AUGGAUACAAUAAAAUUAAAUGAAUACAUACCUAAAAAGAAACUACAAGAAUUUGACUAUGAGGUGAUUCAUCGACCAGCAGAGAAGAUGAGACAUGUGGAUGCUCUAUCCCAAAACACAAUAAAUGAAGCUAAAAAGACAGAGUGUGCGGAUGGACUUAUGGUAUUGAAUAACUAUUUAAUAGAAGAAGACUGGUUAACCAUAGCGCAGAGAAGUGAAGAAAAACCGAAGUGUCCUUCACCAAAGCCUAAAUGUAAAGAAAAACCAAAGUGUCUUCUACCAAAACCGAAAUGUGAAGAGAAGCCGAAGUGUCCACCGCCAAAACCUAAAUGUGAGCAACCUAAACCAAAAUGCCCACCAACAAAACCAAAAUGUGAAUCAAAGUGUAGAAGGAAACGCACCAAAUCUGCCGACUGUACCAAGAAACCUAAAAAGGAUGAUUGCAAACGAUCCAAAUCAGCGGGAGAUAAACCAUCAAAGGACGCUGGCUGCAAAUCGGAGAUGCAUAUUACCAAAUGCAGUGUGGAGAAAGCCAAGUGCCCAUACAGAUGCAAAAAGACGACAGUUACUCAGAUGACAGUAAUGAUGACAAAUCUAAUAACAGUGACAAAGAAGAGGAGACAGAAACGGACAAUCACACGUCCCAAGAAAUUCUAA